AUGACUAGCUUGGCCCUGUCGGCGGUGGCAAGCAGGAUCGAGAUGCCCCUCUCCAAAACGAAUCCGUUUGCGAUCAACCCGCAGCCGUACAUCUCGAGCAGCGAGAGCAGCAACCACCUGCCGCCGAUCAUCAAGGGUGCCGGGCUGACCGGCCUGAAGCAGACCGGCGGCGGCGGCGGCGGCGGUGGAGGCGGCGGCGGCGGCGGCGGCGGAGGUGGCGGUGGAGGUGGCGGCGACGAGACGGUGCCUUACGUAGGUUACCAGAGACUACCGUGGAAAGGCGAGAGCUUCGGCCUGAGUAACUGGCCGGUGAGUCACAAUUCCAGCCACAAUUCGCAUUCGCAACCCAACAGCCAGUCGAGCAGUCCUGUGGUGAGAAACGGCCGUUCUGACGGCAAUUCUAACAGCGGUACUGGCCGCGGCGGAGGCGGCGGAGGCGGUGGUGGCGGCGGCGGAAGCGACAACGGAGGCGUCGGUGGAGGUGGCGGUGGCGGCGGAAGCGGCGGCGGCGGCGGCGGCGGCGGCGGUGGUGGAAGCGGUGGCGUCGGCAACAACAGCAUCGUCAGCGUGAAACCGAAGACGGCGACCAUCACGCCGGAGAUGGUGAUGAAGCUUUACAUGAACAAGCUUACGCCGUACGAGCACCACGAGAUCUUCAACUACCAGCAGAUCUACUUCAUCGGCGCGAACGCGAAGAAACGACCGGGCAUCAUCGGCCGGCCGAACAACAACGAGUACGACAACGAACAGGGCUCGUACAUCCACGUGCCGCACGAUCACGUGGCGUAUCGGUACGAGGUGCUGCGCGUCAUCGGCAAGGGCUCGUUCGGCCAGGUGGUCAAGGCCUACGAUCACAAGACCCACGAGCACGUGGCGCUCAAGAUGGUGCGGAACGAGAAGCGCUUCCACCGUCAGGCGCACGAGGAGAUACGUAUACUGCGCAAGCUGCGCGAGCAGGACAAGGACAAUAGCAUGAACAUCAUCCACAUGUUCGACUCGUUCACCUUCCGCUGCCACAUGUGCAUCACCUUCGAGCUGCUCAGCAUCAACCUGUACGAGCUCAUCAAGAAGAACAACUUCAAGGGCUUCAGCCUGCAGCUCGUGCGCAAGUUCUCGCACUCGCUACUGCUCUGCCUGGACGCGCUCUACAAGAAUAAGAUCAUACACUGCGACAUGAAGCCGGAGAAUGUGUUGCUCAAGCAGCAGGGCCGCAGCGGCAUUAAGGUGAUAGAUUUUGGUUCCAGCUGCUACGAGAAUCAACGGGUAUACACCUACAUUCAGAGUCGUUUCUACCGCGCGCCGGAAGUGAUAUUGGGCGCGAGGUACGGGAUGCCGAUCGACAUGUGGAGCCUCGGGUGCAUCCUGGCGGAGCUGUUCACCGGUUUUCCGCUGCUGCCAGGCGAGGACGAGGCAGACCAGCUGGCGUGCAUCAUCGAGAUGCUGGGCAUGCCGCCGCAGCGGUUGCUGCAAAACUCGAAGCGAUCGCGUCAGUUCAUCAGCUCGAAGGGCUACCCGAAGUACUGCACCGCGACGGCGAUGCCGGACGGCACGACAGUGCUAAGCGGGGGUCUAUCGAGACGAGGGAAGCUGCGCGGUCCGCCGGGCUCGCACGAUCUCGAGCGCGCCCUCAAGGGCUGCGACGACGUGCUGUUUUUGGACUUUCUCAGGCGAUGCCUCGUUUGGGAGCCGGAGUGCCGGAUGACACCGAACAAGGCGCUGAGGCAUCCGUGGCUGCGCCGCCGAUUACCGAGGCCACCGGGUGCAGACAAGAACGACACGCUGCCGGCGGUGACGUCGGCGCAACCCCCGACCACCGGCGGCGGCGGGCCCAACCUGAGAACUUCCGCGUCCGGCAGCAGGAGCUCCAGCAAGACUAAUAGUAUGCAGAGUAGCAAUAACACCAGCGAGGACAUCGCGACCAGCAAGACGACGGGCCAGCAGACGAGGGGGAACCGCUUGGUGGAGGACAUGGUGUCGGCUUACGCGGGUUACUCGUACACCACGUCCCAAUUGCACGGCGGUACUUGGGGCACAACGGGGGGAUUGAGCAGCGGCCACCAGUCGCUGAACUCCAUCACCGGUGGGGCCGGCGGCGGCGGCGGCGGUGGCGGCGGUGGCGGCGGCGGCAGGAGUUCCUCCAGCAAGACCAACAGUCUGCAGGGCGGCAAUAACUGCACCAGUGAUGACAUCACCGCGAGCAAGACGACGGGUCAGCAGAGGGGAAACCGUCUGGUCGACGACGUGGUGUCCGCUUACGCGGGCUACUCGUCGGCCUACGGCGCGUCCCAGCUGCACGGCGGCACUUGGGGCGCCACGACGGGGGGACUGAAUAGCGGCCACCAGUCGCUCAAUUCCGUCAGCAGCAGGAGCUCCAGCAAGACGAACAAUCAGUUGCAGAGCGGUAACAAUGCGAGCGGUGACAUUCCCGUGAGCAAGACCGAGCGUCAGCAGCAGAGGGAGCGCGCAAGCGAGCUGCCGGUGACGAUCUUCGAUCCCUACCCGCUCGGGUCUUACCUGUCCGAGUCCCAGCUGCACAGCAGCCACCGAUCGAACCAGAGUAGCAGUCAUCAGUCGCUCAAUUCCGUCGACGGCGCGACGACCGGCAAGUCGCAGCGCGCUCGGACGCACCAGACGCAACAGCAGCACAAUAACAAUGGCGCGUCGCACGACAAUUACGGCUCCCACGGCUCCUCGAGUAGCUCCAGCCGUUUGGUGCUCUCGUUCCAACCGGGGAUCCAGGAGAUCCUCGAGGAGUUGAGGCGAUAG